AACAGUUAUUGUUCAAAGCAAAAUUUUGGAAUAUUUUAAAGAAAAAUUAUUUUAAAAAAUUAACAAUUUAACAACAUGUUAAAGUGGACUGCUUCAGCACAAAGACUACCACAAGAUACCCCAGUUUCAUCACACACUAAUAGCUCAACGGCAACUACAAUAACAAACAAUAUGCGUACACCACGUUUAACUGAAGCCAAAAGGCGUAAACGACGUGCUACCAUAGCGAAUAAGGAAAAUAUACCGAUUUUAACUUCCACACCCAUGGUGACCAGAACACGCAAUAGUCCUUUGGUGUUGGCUCCUUUGGCGGAUAUUUUAAAUGUUACACCCGAAACGGUGGCUAAUAGAACUCCUGAAAGACGGCGUGUUUCUGUUAAUGUUUUCAAUGACACCAAUGCCUCGACUAUAAGAAGACAUUCUUCGGUGGGUUUUACUAUACCUCAAAUACCCCAGUAUGCCGCUACAUUGCCUAAAUAUGAAGAGGAAUAUUCACCCAGUACUAUUUUACCCACUGGACAACAAUUGGCUUUAAGAGGUUUAUUGCCUGAUCCUUUCAUGGGUAAUCCUAGAUAUUUCACCACACCUGAGGUUAACUCUAAACAGGAAUCGGAACAUAAAAAGAUCUCUUCUUUACCUAAGAAACGUAAAUUGGAACAGGAAUUUGUGGCCAUAGCCAAGGAGGAGGAGGGUGAUAUUAUGGAGGUUUCAGCUUUGAAAGCUGUCAAUAAAAAGGAUUUAAACAAUACCGGCUUAAUGUCCAAUAAAAUGGGUGAUCAAACUUUAGAUCAUUUGAUUGAUGCCAUAUUGGAUUCAGCCCGUAAAGAGGAAAAGAAAAAGAAGCCACGCAAGUCGUUCAAUUUGAGAAGAAGAACUCUACUGAAAAAUCAAGUGGAACAACAUCAAGACAUUAUGCUGUCACCUUCAUAUGCGGCUGGUGAUGAUCCCUGCAGUGAUUUAAGUUUUCUUAAUUGUGAGCCUUUAUCCUAUAAGAAACCCUUUAAAGCUGUUACACCUCAACCUGCCUCUCCCAUAGCUAAGACUCCAUCACCAGCCACUCCUCUGCCGGGUACACCUCUUAAUCACCAACAACUUUUAGAAAUGCCCACACCCGCUGUCAAACGUCAUGAUUCCUUUUCUUUGGAUACUCCUGUGCGUUCAAAUCUCAAAAGAAGAUCCGAGUCCAAUGCUCGUGAAAAUGUCAGUGCCAAAAAGUAUAAAGUAGAUGCUCGCAAUUAUUUUGAAAUUGGUGUGGCCCUGCCCUCUAUAUAUGUUUAGAUUCCUGAACAUCCUACAACUCCAGACAAACAAACCGAAUUUAUUGCAAACACCAAAUUGUUGACAAACUAGGGGAAAAUGCUUCUCUA